AUGACCAACUCCUGUUGUUCCCCUUGCUGCCAGCCUUCCUGCUGCAGGACCACCUGCUGCAGAACCACCUGCUGGAGACCAAGCUGUGUGAGCAGCUGCUGCCAGCCCUGUUGCCAGCCCAGCUGCUGUGGCUCCAGCUGUUGCCAGCCUUGCUGCCAGCCCAGCUGCUGUAGGACCUGCUUCCAGCCAAGCUGUGUGAGCAGCUGCUGCAGCACACCCUGCUGCCAGCCCUGCUGCUGUGUGUCCAGCUGCUGCCAGCCCAGCUGCUGCCAGCCCAGUUGCUGUGAGCCCAGCUGCUGUCAGCCCAGGUGCUGUAUUUCCAGCUGCUGCCAGCCCUGCUGCCAGCCCAGCUGCUGCAAGCCCAGCUGCUGUCUCAAGCCCUGCUGCCAGCCCUGCUGCCCUGAGCUGUGCUGCCAGCCAGCUUGCUCUGGACCUGUGACCGUCACCAGGACUUGCUACCAGCCCACAUGUGUCUGUGUGCCUGGCUGUCUGUCCCAGGGCUGUGGGUCUAGCUGCUGUGAGCCCUGUAGCUGCUGA